AUGCGGGCAGAAGUGUGUGCCUGCACGCCAAACUCGCUGAGUCAUUCAGGCCUGGAUGUCCACCUUGGCCUAUUCCUUGACCAAAACACACCCAUAUACCUUACAGAAGGUGUCAUCAACAAACCAGAGGUGGAGAUGUCACCACAAGAACUGCAGCUCCAUUACUUCAAAAUGCACGAUUAUGAUGGCAAUGAUUUGCUUGAUGGCUUAGAACUCUCCAUAGCCAUUACUCAUGUCCAUAAGGAGAAAGGGAGUGAACAGGCACCACUAAUGAGUGAAGAUGAACUGAUUAACAUAAGAGAUGGUGUUUUGAGAGAUGAUGACAAGAACAAUGAUGGAUACAUUGACUAUGCUGAAUUUGCAAAAUCACUGCAGUAGAUGUUAUUUGUCCAUCUCUUGGUUAUAUGCAAAUGUGAUCUGUGAUGAUGUGAUUGAACACUUUGAUAAUGCAAAAUAACUCAUUUCCAACUACUGCUGCAGCGUUUUGGUAAAAAACCUGUAGCAAUUUGUUACAGUGGGGUGAGAAGAGAUCAAGAGAAAUGAAAGAGAAGAGAAAUGGGACAUCUAAUAGUCCCUAAGCGCUAUUAAAUACCUUAUUGGACAAGGGCUUGCUUUUUAAAGCAUCUUUUCAAGAAUAUUGAAUAAUUGGAGCUGAGUACUCAGGAGCUUCACUGUAGUAGAAAACUGCUAGUUUCUUAAUUUUAAUUCAUGUUACCUGAAAAGUAAAACAACAGACUUUGACGAGUGGACGUUUUUCAGUAACAGUGAAGGAGUGGAGUGAAUGCCAAAUGUUUGCCCUGGUGGUUCCUAUCUCUUCAGGUAAACCUGGUCAGUAUUCUCUAAAGUUUCCCUGGCCUGAAAGACUACUUGCUCUGGGCAAGUGGAUAUUUAUUAGACUAUUUCAAAGCCACAGCAUAAGAAGAAUAUCAAAUAUUGAGUUCAGCCUAGCCACAGAGUCUAAGAUUCUGUAUCCUCCAGCCCUCUAGCAUUUUGGAAAUGGUACACCACUGGCUUGAGUGAUUAAUCUUUUUCAGAUUUUUAGCAUUUUAUACAACUUACUGCCACAUCCUUAUACUUUAUUACUUUUCUGUCUUCUUCAACCUGGGGGAGACCUUGAAUUUAAAUGUUUUCUAAUCAAUAGUGUUUUAGCUUUCUUAAUAUUUCUAUUUUACUCUUGUUUCUAGGAUUUCUUUUUUUUGCAGUUUAGGAACUAUUAGGAAUGUCAGGACUUUAUCAGCAGGGGUAAAACUACCAACUAGCCUAGCCUAAGUAGGAAGUGAAAAGAUAAUUCACCAAACAAUGAUUAACCUGAUAGAAGUUCUAUUCAGGAGGAAUAUUGUUUAAAUUACCUCUUUUAGCCUGAAUACAUGGAUUCUUUUCAAAUCAGGAAAGAUUAGAAAAGGAACCCUAAAAAUCCUUUAACAGUGUGAAUCUUAAUAGUAUCUGAAAAUGAGAAGUAACAGAUUGUAAUUUGGUUUAUUGGAUGUGAUGGACAUGCUGAAAGGAUGAUUGAAUGAGAAAAAGAGACUACAUAAAAUUUGCUGUAAGAUAGAUAGAGACUUAUUUUCUUUCUUAAAGUAUUCUUAUAAGAAAACAUGGCCAGGCGCUGUGGCUCAUGCCUGUAAUCCCAGCACUUUGGGA